ACGAGCAAUCGAGAGUACUACUUCCGCCUUUACCCGCCUCUCCUGACAGAGAAAUGACAGCAACUUUGCGUCCAUAUCUCAAUGCAGUGCGUGCCACUCUGCAGGCCGCCCUCUGUCUGGAGAAUUUCUCCUCGCAGGUGGUGGAGAGACACAACAAGCCAGAGGUGGAAGUACGGAGUAGUAAAGAGUUGCUCCUCCAGCCUGUGAUCAUCAGCCGUAACGAUAAGGAGAAGGUCCUGAUCGAGGGCUCCAUCAACUCUGUCAGAGUCAGCAUCGCUGUCAAGCAGGCAGAUGAAAUUGAGAAGAUUCUGUGCCAUAAGUUCAUGCGUUUCAUGAUGAUGAGAGCAGAGAACUUCUUCAUCCUGAGGAGGAAACCAGUGGAGGGCUACGACAUCAGUUUUCUCAUCACCAACUUCCACACCGAGCAGAUGUACAAGCAUAAACUGGUGGACUUUGUCAUUCAUUUCAUGGAGGAAAUUGACAAAGAGAUAAGCGAAAUGAAGCUGUCCGUUAACGCCAGGGCUCGUAUUGUCGCUGAGGAGUUCCUCAAAAAUUUCUGAGCAGUAAUACCUGGAGAAUACAUUCCUUUUGCAAUCAUGGCCGUCACAGAGGAGCAUUCACAUCGCAGGGCAGACGAGAAAAGAGAAGACAUACAGUUAAAAUGUAUCGGCCAGUUGGGUUUGACCCUUUAUUUUCUAAUGCCCCUAUGCUCAUAAAUAUUGAUGUUUGUACAUUAUGAAUAUUUACACCAGACAUCAAUUUCUGCCUUUAGAUUAUUAGAAAACAUCUGGGCAGGUCCUUAAAACAAGAUAUUUUAAUCAAUAUUAAUGAGCACAGGGUAAAAGUAAUUUUUUUUUUGUUCAGAUAAUUUAAAUUGUUUUUAAAAAAAAUAUAUAAAUAUAUAUAUUAUAUGCACAUACAUUUCAUUGCUAUGUUUUGUUACGACCAACCUUAAACCACGAGGCCAAUCAAUUGGUGCACGUUUUGUUUUAUUACACAAGUACACAGAGUAGACCUUAUUGUAGAUUUAAAUAAUUAAAAUAAAUAUACUUGCUGGCAGUAAAGAUAAAUAAAAACAUUAUCCUUUGUA